UACGUACGGUUUUUUUAUUCUAAUAUAAAUCAAAAUGCAAUGCGAUGGGCUGACGAUUUUUAAAAAUACGCAACAGGACCCAGGAUAAUCUCGUCUGAUUAGCCACUAAGAUUGGGACUACAGGACAAUGUAAUUUUUAAAUGUGCUGUUAGUUUAACGGCUGUCUUCAAGUUUGUUUCUACCUGCGCGAGCGCGUCGUGUGUUUUCACUGGCGCUGCACGUGCAGCUGUUUAGAGUUAUGUGCGCAUGUCCAAUGACAUCAUCACAUUCGCCUCAGACUGAUCGGCGACAUUAACGGAGAUCUUUAGUUCAACGCGUGCCCGUUAGGCCUAAUGACGAAGUUGGCUAUACGGAGUUACUGUGGGAUCUCUCAAGGAGAACCAUCGGCUAGUUUGUGGUGAACAUUCUGGCGCAAAAUGGCUGCCGUGCAUCACCCAGGUGGGUGCUACACAUUGGUGGUGGCAGAGGAGAGUUCCCCUUCAUCAGUGCAGAUGCUCCCCCAACCCAGAAUCAGCUCAGGCCCUGUGUGUGUGUGUGUGUGAGUGUGUGUGUGUGUGUGUGUAUGCAGGUGUGUGUGUGUGUGUGUGUGUGUGUGUGUGUGUCAGACUCUCGGCCUGACCAUGUCAGGCUGAUGACAGACCUGAAGCCUGAAUCUUCAGCAGCCUCAGCCAAUAGGAGAGGCCGUCAGCACAGCUAAUAGGAGCGGCCGUCACUCAGCCAAUAGGACAAUGAAGCCAGUCAGGAUGGAAUGUGACAGGUGCUGUCACUCAGAGAGGGGGCGUGGCUUGUGGGGGCUGGAGGUCAACAUCAGGAAUAUUCCACAGGAAUAACAGCAUCAGGACACCUGGACGAAUGUGGCCCUUAACACAGAAUCGCCAUAGCUUGCCGGCACGUCUUCACGGUCCAGGUGCCUUCCCCUGCAGCUGACAGCAGCACCGCUACCCCCCCACCUCGCUGAACCAGCCACCCCCACAGGCAGGUUGGCAGAACACUGAGGAAGGUCUAGGGGGGUGAUGAUUGGCUGCUGGAGCUGAAGAUUGGAGGCGAUUGGUUGACAGGCACCAUAUUCAGGCCUGGGAGUCAGACAGACGGACAGACUCCUCAGUGGUGCUGCUCUGUGCUGCAGUGGAGGGCUUUACUCACUCAGCUAGUGCGGCUGAAUGCAUCACCCUGCAGAUAAGUUUUGUGGGCGUGGCAUACGGGACUCCGCCCCUCUGGUCGUACCAUGGCAACCAGCGAGCAGCCGAGCCUGGGCCCCGCCCCCUUGGUGCUCUGGUGCUGUCAAUCAACCUCAAUCCCUCCCCCACCCACGCCAGAGUCAUACAAAAGGUCCCCACCUUCCCAGCAACUUCUACCAUAACGGGCUACCAGGAAGGGGCAGGGACAAGCCAGAACUGGGUCAGAUGAUUGGCCAGGCAUUGCCAUGGGAGCAGAGGCAGCCCCGCCCAUGGGAGCAGCAGUCCGGCCCCCAUCAAGACUAUAACAGCAGGGGCUCCACCCACUCCAGAACCCACCAGCAACAGAGAGGGUAUGGAGGUCCGCAUCAGUAUCCACGUCCCCAAGCCCCGCCCCCUACAGGAGAGGUGUGGCAUCACACUCAGCAGCCCAGGGGACAGAAGCGCCCGGCCGCGUCGCAGGGAGACCACGCCCCGCCCCCCCGCCACGCCCCGCCCCCUGACGGCGGCCCUGGGCUGAAGAGGCAGAGAAGCUCAGACAGCGAGCAGCGUUUCUUUCCUCCAGACCACUCCCCCUACCCCCCCCACAAACCAAGGUUCUGGAAUGCUCCGCACAAAGGGGGCGGGUCCUGGAAUGCACCUGACAGGAGGCGUGGCCCUGCAAACUUCCAGGCUGGCUUUAGGGGAUUUGGGAGCCGCCCCCCCCCCCCACGCCCCUCCCAGCACAGCCGGCAUGUCCGGGAUGCCCCGCCCCCUGGAGCCAGCGACGGGCACAGCAGGAGCAGGCCCCUCCCCUCACCAGCAAACCACACCACUGUGCCUUAUAGCCACGCCCCCUACAGGCCACUGCAGGGGCGUGGCUCCCCUGUACCUCAGCACUGCCACGCCUCCAAGGGGCGGAGCCAGCAGGGGAGGCAGGACAAGCACACACUGGAUCGGGGGGGCAGUGGCUUGGGAGAUUCUCAGGUUGUGAACAGGCACAGAUUUGGGGACCGGGGGGCCCCCCAGCCCUGCAGCCCCUCCCACACCCCCCCCAGGCUGGAGCGCAGCAGGGCCCAAAUCUCCCCCUCCGCCUGCCCACCCCCUCUCCACCCCCACGCCCUGAGCAGCCCUGCCAGGACCCACCAACACGCCCCCUCCUGGCCUGAGCCCCGCCCCCACCCCUCCCCCAUGGCCCCGGAGCUCCUCCCCAUCUCCAAGCCCCCGUGCAGAGACGACCCCCCCCUGAUCCCAGCCCCGCCCCCGGCCCUGUCUCAGCCUCUGCAGUCCGCCCCCCGGCCCCAGGUCCCCCACAGGACUGUGCUGAAGAGCCUGGCCUCCGUCCUUCAGCGGCAGAGACACGCCCACAGGGGCGGGCCCUUCGGCAGAGCCCCGCCCCUGGGCGGGGUCAAAUACGCCUCUACUCUCUCAUUGGGCCCGGAGAUCAGGGGGGCGGAUCUGAAGCAGAGGCCUCACCCCUCCUCCUCUCCCCUGGGGGAGCACAGCUUGGAGGCCCCCCCCAGCCCCACUCCAGCGCCGGAGAGGGUGGACAGAAGCCAGAGGCAGAGAGAGAAGGAACGAGACCGGGACAGAGAGAAAGAACGAGUGAGGGAUCGGGACAGAGAGAAGGAGAGGCAGCAGAAAAAGAGAGAGAAGCAACAGGACGGGGAGAGAGAGAAAAAGCGAAAGCAUAUGGACACAAAAAGAGGAGACAGGCAAAACGAGAAAGAGAGGAGGCAGAAGGAGAGAGGGAGGGAGUCGGACAGGGAGAGAGAGAGGAGGCAGAAAAAGAGGCAGACCAGCCACAGUAAAGAGGUGCGGAGAAGCGGAGGGAAAGAGCGGAGGAAGAAAGAAGGGGCCCUGCAGGCCGGCUCUAGCGCCCCCUGUCGGCAGGUUCUGGGGACCCUGGAUCUGCAGGGAGGAGAGAUCAGAGGAGGGAGGGAGAGGAGCAAGGAGGAUGAGGAGCCCCGACCUGCUGUCACCGUGCCGACCGCCACCACCAUGGCAACUGUCACCAUGGCAACCACCCCAGCUGCUGCCGCCAUGGCAACUGUUACCAUGGCAACCACCCCAGCUGCUGCCACCAUGGCAACCACCCCAGCUGCUGCCACCAUGGCAACCACACCAGCCGCCACCACCAUAGCAACAACCACUCCAGCUGCCACCACGGCAACCAGCUCCACUGUGGCAGCUGUCACUACGACAACCAUUUCUGCUGUAACCGCAACCAUGGCAACUGUCACCACAGCGACCACAGUUACAGCGGCGGCAAAGCUCCCCACCGCGGUGACCGCCGGCCCCACCCCCGCCCUGGGCGUGGCCGAGUUCCUGAGACUGAAGGGCCUGUCCUUCGGCCCGCCCCGUGAGCUGAAGAUCCGCCUCAUCAAGGUGGAGAGCAAGACCUUCAUCACCCGCCAGGAAGAGGAGAAGGCCAUCCCGCUGGCGCAGAUCAGCAUCACGAACACGGCCGCGGAGGUGAUCCGAGCCUGCAGGGGUGCCCAGCUGAAGGGGAGGUUUCGGGAGUCAUACGUGCUCCCCGCCUUUUCAGUCAAACCUGUCCUGGGCAGCGAGCAGCCAAUCCCGCGGCACACCCUCAACCCCCCCACACCCAGCAUCUACCUGGAGAGUAAGAGAGAUGCGUUCUCGCCUGUGCUGCUGCAGUUCUGCACCAAUCCCAAAAACCCUGUGACCGUCAUCCGGGGUCUGGCAGGCUCCCUGCGUCUCAACCUGGGGCUGUUCUCCACCAAGUCGCUGGUGGAGGCGAACGGGGAGCAUGCGGUGGAGGUGCGCACACAGGUGCAGCAGCCUGCCGACCAGAACUGGGACCCCAGCGGCUCCACCCAGACCUGGCCCUGCAAGAGCAGCCGCUCACACACCACCAUCGCCAAGUACGCACAGUACCAGGCCUCCAGCUUCCAACAGAGCCUACAGGAGGAAAAGAACAGUGAGGAUGAAGAUGAGGAAGAGGAAGAGAAAGCUGCAGCCCCAGAUCCCACCUCCAGCCCCGACGCCGACCCCAAUGAUGACCCAGCCAGCAUGGAGCAGAAGCAAACUGGGAAGAUCAUCAAGUUUGGUACAAACAUUGACCUGUCUGACCCUAAAAGGUGGAAGGCGCAGCUGCAGGAGCUGCUGAAGCUGCCAGCAUUCAUGCGCGUGUCGUCCAGUGGGAACAUGCUCAGCCACGUGGGCCACACCAUCCUGGGCAUGAACACCGUGCAGCUCUAUAUGAAGGUCCCGGGGAGCCGCACACCAGGGCACCAGGAGAAUAAUAAUUUCUGUUCGGUGAACAUUAACAUCGGCCCGGGGGACUGCGAGUGGUUUGCUGUGCAUGAGCAGUACUGGGAGGCCAUCAGCGGCUUCUGCGAGAGGCACGGCGUAGACUACCUGACGGGGUCCUGGUGGCCGGUGCUGGAGGACCUGUACCACGCCGGCAUCCCGGUGUACCGCUUUGUGCAGCGGCCCGGGGACCUGGUCUGGAUCAACGCCGGGACGGUGCACUGGGUCCAGGCUGUGGGCUGGUGCAACAACAUAGCCUGGAACGUGGGGCCAAUCAACUCAUACCAGUUCCAGUUGGCCCUGGAGCGCUUCGAAUGGAACCAGGUGAAGAAAGUCAAGUCCAUCGUUCCCAUGAUCCACGUCAGCUGGAACAUCGCUCGCACUGUCAAGAUCACUGACCCCGACACACACAAGCUGAUCAAACACUGUCUCCUGCAGUCCAUGAAGCAUAUCCAGGUUCUUAGGGACCAGCUGGUUGCCAUGGGAAAGAAGAUCUCGUAUCAGAGCCGUGUCAAAGAUGAGCCUGCAUACUACUGCAACGAAUGUGAUGUGGAGGUAUUCGACCUCCUGUUGGUGACGAGUGAGAGUGGGAGCAGGAGGAGCUACGUGGUGCACUGUGAGGACUGUGCUGCCCGGCGCAGCUCCACACUCUCUGGGGUGGUGGUGCUGGAGCAGUACCGCAUGGAGCAGCUGAUGAGCACCUACGACAGCUUCACCCUGGCUCCUCCCUCCAGCUCUCGGUGAACGAUCACAGCUGUAACCAAAACACUCACGAGUCCUCCCUGUUUCUUACAACUGCUCCUGAGCGACCAAUCGAAACACUCACGAGUCCUCCCUGUUUCUUACAACUGCUCCUGAGCGACCAAUCAAAACACUCACGAGUCCUCCCUGUUUCUUACAACUGCUCCUGAGCGACCAAUCGAAACACUCACGAGUCCUCCCUGUUUCUUACGACUGCUCCUGAGCGACCAAUCGAAACACUCACGAGUCCUCCCUGUUUCUUACAACUGCUCCUGAGCGACCAAUCGAAACACUCACGAGUCCUCCCUGUUUCUUACGACUGCUCCUGAGCGACAAAUCGAAACACUCACGAGUCCUCCCUGUUUCUUACAACUGCUCCUGAGUGACCAAUCGAAACACUCACGAGUCCUCCCUGUUCCUUACGACUGCUCCUGAGCGACCAAUUGAAACACUCACGAGUCCUCCCUGUUUCUUACAACUGCUCCUGAGCGACCAAUCGAAACACUCACGAGUCCUCCCUGUUUCUUACAACUGCUACUGCGGCGCAGCCAAUCAAAACACGAGUCCUCCCUGUUUCUUACAACUGCUCCUGAGCGACCAAUCGAAACGCUCACGAAGUCCUUCCCGUUUCAUACAAUAACUGCUACUGCAACACAGCCAAUCAAAAUGCGCACCAAGUCCUUCCUGUUUUAUACUACUACUGCGGAGCAACCAAUCAAAAUGCUCACCAAGCCCUUCCUGUUUUAUACAACUACUGUUACUGAAGCGCAGCCAGUCAGAACACUGUUUACUCAACCAUGUUUACAUCACAGUACCACAUCAGCCAAUUAAACUGCAGGUUACUGUCGUCUUCCUUCUAAACCAGGUGCUUAUUGGUUGUCUAGGGGGACUUGGCCACUGAAGGACUAGAAUGAUUUUACUCAUUAAAAGCACUGCUAUAAGCUGGAAGCAAGAACCCAAUUGGAAACCAUCAAAUACUGUUCAUGAAAAGCAGUGAUAAUGGAUGGAAGUUUCUCUCUUCUUAGGUGCUGUAUUAGGGAAGGUUCAAUGCAAACCAAAUACUCAUAAUUUAGAGAUAGUCAAUGAACCAGGAAGUGUAUGGGAAUUACAUGAUUGGCUGGGAGAGUUGAUCACAUGGGUUUCGUUCAGAUUUUCUGAAAAAACGAAACAAAAAAAAAACAACUAUUUUGUACAUGUUUGUAUUUCACAUACGGUGCUAUUUUUAUUUAUUUUCAUUUUAAUUUAUUGUUUUUUUACUGAACUUAGCCUAAAUGUACCACAUUUGCCUUGGAACUUGUAUUUAAUGAAAAUACUGACUAUAGAGGCGAAUACAUUUUUGUAAAGCAUUCAUUUUAUGAUAAACUAUAAUUUCAUGUUUCCAAACAUACGGGUUUGAAGAAAUUUUAGUUUAAUACAUUUCGACUUGUGAUUCUUUUUUCCCCACAUUUUCAAUCUAAUUUCAGUUUGAUAAAACAUUUUUGUACCUUUGUAUCCUUAAAUCAUUUCAAAUAUUUACAUUUUCCUUUCAUUACUGAAUCAUUAUAACUAUUCUUAGUUAUAUUAUUUUACCUCAUCAUGGGUUUGUUGUUUUUUCCAUUUUUUUGAUUUUAAAAACUGUAAAUAUAAAUGGUGCAUUUAUACAUUUUGUUUUUUGUAUUUAUUGGAUAUUGAUGGUUACCUUUUAGUGUAAACAGAGAUAUUAAAGGUUUUCUAUUGUUGUAUUAUUAGUGUAAUAUUUGAAGGGGCAGGGGUUGAUUUUAAUGGUGCUGAAUCCCUCCCAUUAUAUACAGAUUAUUUAUAGAUAUAAAUCUAUUCCUUUACCGGACUGUGAGAUGACUGAAUAGGCCCAUGUCUGUCCUGUAACAGCUAGAUAACAUCAACAGCAACAACACCUUUUUCACAUGAUGACUUGUGGUUUUGUUUUAUGGUCUUAAUUAUUGAAUUGUGAUGUUUCUUAUUAUUGUUAUUAUUAUUAUUUUUGUUAUGAACACUUGUUUUUGUGAAGAGGGUAUGGGGUCCUCUCUCUCUUCCAUUUUAUGUUAAAAAAAAAGCAGAUAAUGCAUUUUCUUUUUGCAGAAAUCCUGUUGACAAUGGUUUCCAUUUCAGCAGCUCUGUUCUCAUGGAAAACCGAGCUUGAUGUGAUUUUAACAUUUUGUGAAUUUGUGUGACAUUACCCAGACUAAUAAUAAUAAAGCGUUUUGAUAAAUUGAAA